AAAUGGUGUAGAGUUUGAUAGCGAGUGAGACGUGUGUCGCGUUGCUAUCGCGAUCGCUGUGCGUUCGCUAUUCAUGGUAUUUGCAGCCAACAACAAAACGAUACAAUACUAAUUUUUACUUUUCUAUCACGUGUGCAUAAAAGUCUAUUUUGACUAAAUUUUAUAGUGAAAAGGUACAAAGUAGACAAUACAAACAAACGAGUGUUGUGUUUUCGUUUGGUGUUGGGGCGAGAAGAUUGCGUUAAAUCAAACCGAGAAGAGAAAUUUUAACAGCUGUUCGUGCAUAGUAUGCUUCAUAUUCUACUCUCUGCGCUACAGUGUUCGGCACGGCUUUAAGCCUCACUGCUCGCCUCUGCUCCACGGCACUCUCGCAGAUUACUUGCCUUCUUCUCGACUCACCGCAGACUACAAGGCGAUCCCUGGCACUUCCUCCGGCUCAUCGUUCUCACCGGCAUCACUUGUAAGUGCAUAGUAUGGCAUACAUUAUACACCGGCAUAUCGUUCGCUCCGGCGUCACUUGCCCUUACGCACAGAACAUGCAUUUCCCACCGGCAUUAAGGACACACCGGCAAUCGGACUGCACUAUUGACCUCCGGUCUGUGCAGGGGGGUGAUGUGGCGGCGCUGUCGUUGCGCCACAAGCGAAACACAUCGAAGCCUAAAUCGCGCUAACAAAGUUCCGAAGUUAAAGCAGUAUAUAUAGAAUAGCUCUUCGGGAGAUCUCCCCUCUUCCUUCCCACGGCCACAAGCUUAAUAAAAUACAGUUGUUUCGAUAUUACAGACAGACACAUCAAUAUAAUUAAAUACUACUUAUUAAAUUUCAUUGAGAAAUUGUAGAAGAUAAAAUGUUGAUAGUGCAUGGAUACAAAAUACGGAUAGAUAGAGAUUGUAGUUUGUAGCACGCACGCUGCGUGCUUUUUAACUCGCUUCGUACAGUAAGUCCGGCACGGAUAUCUUGCGAUAAGUAAUUACGUCAUACAAAAACAUAAGUGACGUUUUGCUCAGUUUAGUUUAAACUAGGGGAUGUAUAAAUGAAAAUUCUUAUAUAGCCGUGGUAGGGAUUAAGCGCUCGCCGUAUAUUUCACAAUACAAGCAACCAGGGGUCGAUCUGCAUCGGCACUAAUGAAAUUAUUAAAUGCAAUUUUAAGUACUAAUGUAAUUAAAAUUGCAUUUAAUAAGUGCAUUAGUGAAAAAAUAGAAAAAUCGUAAGGUACACUACAACAACAUUAUAUUAUAUGAAUAUGAGCCAUUUUAAUACGGCCAAUUAUAUGAUAUGAGCCAUUUUAAGAAUGUGCUAUUAAAGUAAUUUUUACGUACUUUAUCGCGUUUAAUAUACUAACCUAUUUUUAUAUACUUUCCACGUUUCGGUACGUAGUACCAUAAUUUGGUUGAAUGGUCUAUGACCAUUAUUUAUUCUGUGGUUUCGGGUGGUUUGCAGCACUUACUUAGACUUAGGUGUAUUCCCGGCUGUGUUAACUCACCUCACUGAUGUUCUGAUAUAGUUAGUCCCGCCAACUUUCAGCUUUCUAUUGUUAUAUUUUGGGCCGAUCAUCGCAGACCAAAAAUUUAAAAAUAAUAAAAAAUAUUAUGUAUGCAACAUUUAUUUUUGUAGGUACAAAUAUAUAUUUUGUUGAUAAUGAUGAUAUAGUAGCGCUAUUAAACAUUACUUGAUCCCUGUUCACUAAAGCAUGAAAUUUUAUGUAAACAUAAAAACAGUUGUUAAAACUUACUCAACAGAACCACUUAGUUCAACUAGCACUACUGUGUGGCGGCGGAACCUAUGGAGUAGGCCAAAAGCAGUUGACUUGUGAUGGACUGAAGCUUACUUACGCUUGUGAAUACUUUGACGGCUGCAGUGAUAGUGAUAGGGACAUCAUCAUCAUCAUCAUCAUUACAGCCCUUCACAAGUCCACUGCUGAACAUAGGCCUCCCCCAAAGAAUGCCACAAAACACGGUCCUGAGCCACCUGCAUCCAUUGACUUCCUGCAUGUCUUACCAGGUCGUCACUCCAUCUCGUGGGGGGACGCCCUACACUUCGCCUACCGGUACGAGGCUGCCACUCGAGAACCUUUCUUCCCCAUCGGUUGUCGGUUCUUCGAGCUAUAUGGCCGGCCCACUGCCACUUCAGCUUACUAAUCCGUUGGGCUAUGUCGGUCACUCUGGUUCCACUGCGGAUAUCCUCAUUCCUAAGUUUAUCACGCAGAGAAACUCCGAGCAUAGCCCUCUCCAUAGCUCGCUGAGCGACCUUGAGCUUCCUCAUACGGCCAGCAGUGAAGGACCACGUCUCAGUUCCGUAAGUCAUCACUGGCAACACGAUAGGGACAUAUUAUUAUGUAUUUAAAAUUAACUAUUAUUAUAGUAUUUAAUAUAGUUACAGUUUGAUAAUUAAAUAUUUUACCAUUUACAUACAUUAUUUUAAUUAAUAUUAUUAAAAUAAUGUAUGUAAAUAGUAAAACAAAAGAUUAAUUAAAUUGAAAAAAUGUUCAGCUUCUAUUCGACAUUUCAUCCUGUUUGAUUACACAAACAUUGUAAAUUGUAUCACAACCUCAAGGUCAUUAGAAUGUCGUCAUAAUAAUUACAUUAACAACUACUUUUAUUUUUCCACCUAUAAAGCAUAGCCGUGCCACAAUGUGUAGUGGCGGCGUUGUAAGAAAAUCCACUACCCCAUGUCCUUCCUGGAUGCCGUAAGUGGAGACAGAGGGAAAUUAAACAGGAUAUGGGCAGCAGUAUCUUCCUUCAUCAACUCAAAAUUAUAAAACAACCGGCGGUUGCCAAUCCGCUUGCUGAGCGUGGGCAACUAUGGCAAAAUCCUGGUGAGGUCAUCCAUUGGGGAAACCUACGUUCAGCAGUGGACAUUUGGUAGCCUGUAAUCCUAAUGAUAUAAAAACAUGCGCGAGUGUCAUGGAACACUCGGUUUGAUCGAAGUUCCUUUCGUAGUAUAUUAUUAUUGAUAAACGUAUUUAAAACUUCGUUCCAAAAAAUUGAGACCCAGUUACCUAAAUUAUUUCACUACAUGUCGUUUAAUUCUGCUACGCGAUGAUCCGUGAAAGGGCUGUUUUUUAUCGCACACACAUAAAUUAAAAUUGUUUGUGUUUUCAACUUCCUAGUUUGCCAAGGAUCUUCCGGCUUUCGAGAAACGUGUGUGGUGUUAAAAUAUAUAAAACCGCAAACGGCUGCUUAAUAUCACCAUUUGUUGUAUGAUUUAAUUUCAAUUAUAUUUGUUCAAGUUUUAGUUCUUUGUAUGAAAUUUUUAGUUGAACGUCAUAAAAAAGAACAAUAUAUAUUUAAGAUGUAUGCAUCGAUCGCUGUAUGUUUUAUAUUUGCUGUAAUUAUCACUAAUAUUGUGUCUGGUCAAAAUUCGACCAUCAAAUAUACACACACAACACAAUUUUUUUCUGUUUAUUUUUGGAAUAGUACCUUUCAAAUUUCAAAAGUUUCAUUCUCCUUUUUACGAGGCCUGUUUAAAAAGUAUCGCGAAUUUUGAAUUUCCGCGGGCUACGUAUAUUUGAUUUUUGAUUUUUGUGUAGCCUUAUGUUGGUACUCAUGUCCUUUACUAAUGCUGACAAGGUCUGCCAUUUUGAAUGUUUAGUUAAUUUUCGACAGCUGUUUUGCUUGGAUGUGUUUUGGCUCGUCUACGAUUUUUGUCUUUUCCAAAAAAUGGAUCAAAGAAUAUGUGGCGGCGCUGUAGUCGCGCCACAAGCGAAACACAUCGAAGCCUAAAUCACGCAAACAAAGUUCCGAAGUUAAAGCAGUAUAUAUAGAAUAGCGCCGAACUACCACUCAGAGCGUUGGCCGCUCCCCGGGCAGAGCAGAACACCUUGCCCGGCGGUAGAUCUCCCCUUUUCCUUUCACCGGCAACGGUGGUGACUAACCGACGUGACACGAACACGCAACCAACAACCUUCGGAAACUACAACUUCAAAACCUUCGUCAUCGUCCUCAAGUACCCCAUUCAUUCGCUCCCGAGCAGAUAUUGUCUGCAGUCUUCACAUUCUACAAAGCCAUCUAGCUUUACAAAGGUCAUCGCAGCACUGGAAUAAUAAUAAUGCUUCCUGUUCCUUCAAGCUACUCUCUGCGCUAGUGUUCGGCACGGCUCUGAGCCUUAUUGCUCGCCUCUGCUUCACGGCACUCUCGCAGAUUACUUGCCUUCUUCUCGACUCACCGCAGACUACAAGGCAAUCCCUGGCACUUGCUCCGGCUCAUCGUUCUCACCAACAUCACUUGCAAGUGCGUAGUAUGGCAUGCAUUAUACACCGGCAUAUCGUUCGCACCGGCGUACUUGCCCUUACGCACACAGCAUGCAUUCCUCACCGGCAUUAAGGACGCACCGGCAAUCGGACUGCACUAUCGACCUCCGGUCUGAGCAGGGGGGUGAAGUGGCGGCGCUGUUGUCGCGCCACAAGCAAAACAAAUCGAAGCCUAAAUCACGCUAACAAAGAUCCGAAGUUAAAGCAGUAUAUAGAGACUAGCCUCUAACUACCACUCGGAGCAUUGGCCGCUCCCCGGGCAGAACACCUUGCCCGGCGGGAGAUCUCCCCUUUUCUUUCCGCCCGCCACAAAUCCGUAUUUAAUUUUGUGUUAAAAACAUAACAAAGUGCGCGGAUGCAUUCCGAAUGUUGACCGUGUCAUAUGGUGAAGCUAGCUUGGACCAAAGCAACGUUUAUCGGUGGUACUAGAAGGCCGAGAAGGUGUGAACGACGAACAGCGUGCCGGACGCCCGAGCACGUCAACAACAGACGAUAACAUUGAUAAAGUGAAGAAAAUAUUAUUGGCCAAUCGUCGAAUCACCGUUAGAGAAGUUGCUGAGGACCUAAACAUAUCGAUUGGCUCGUGCCUAGAGGUUGCAAAUAUUCGAUAGUUUUGAUUUUCGAAUAUUCGAAUAUUUUUUCAGUACUGUUCGAAUAUUAUUCGAAUAUUCGAAUAUAUUAAAAAAUACACUUCAAAUAUCAGCUUUUAUUGCUUUAGGAACAGAACAAUAAUCAUUAAACAAAAAAACAAUAAAUAUUGCAAAUAAUCUAACAUACCAACACGAAUAGAAUCAUCAUUUAUCUUUAAACAAUAUAAACUCGGUGUUUAGUAAAAUAAAAAGUAUUAUCAAAUUCUUAAACAUAGUAAGAACCUUAUGUUCUUAUAAAUCUCACGAUUAUACAUGAACAUGUUAAUCAAAACAAUUAUAAAAUUCUCAAGCAAUUC